UUGUGAUUUUUAUAUUUUUCUUAUAAAAUUCACAAUUUCACUUCAACAAUUCUUCAUUUUUCUAUUAAUUCUCAGACUCCGGCACGGUUAGAAAGUUGGAAAAAGUCGUUAGGAAUUGCAUUAAAAGCAAAUGAUUAUAUUUGCCAUCUUCAUUUUAAAGAAGAAAAUAUAAAUAUGUACGAAAAGUUAACUAUUAAAGGAGAGCUCAAAUAUAUUCCUACACAAAGAAAAACGCUUAAGGAAGAAGCUGUGCCCACGAUUGAGCAUCAGUUUAUUCCCAUUCCCGAACAUGAACUCCAAGCCAAUACUAUUCACAUAGAGGAAUCUUUCGAACCAUACCCCAAUCAACCUAAGGACGAGCAGCAACAACAAAUCAAUGCCGAGCAACAGGAAUUAUCAGAAGAUCAAAAUGAUUCUAAUAAUUUAAUGGAUUAUGAAAUGAUACAACAGGACUUUGCGGAACCAUUGUUUAGUCAAUAUCAGGAUACUAAUGUAACAAUUAAUCCAAUAGAGAAUUUUAAAAGUAAGUUUCGGGCAUUUUCGUUGUUGCCGCCUUUUUGGCUACAUGCAGAAAAUCCUAAUGGGCUGGAAUUUAUGCGAAUGGAUCCAAAAACUCAGAAGAUUAAACAUCAUAUACGUUUAAACGAUGAUCUAACUGUCACUGUAAUUUUUCCCAAUAAUGAACAAUUGCCACUAAAGGAGAAAAUUAAUUCAUAUGACAACACCUACGAUUACUUAAAAUCGGUUGAAAGAUGGCUUUUGUGCGUUGGUACUCAGAUUGACGACAAUAAGUAAGUUUUGGUAGAUUGUUAACCAAGGGAUGAACGCAGUGAGAGUAUAGUCCGAGGCUAAAAUGAUGCCAUUCACCCGAGUUAAACACUCUACUUUUCAUUUCGAAUACGAGGAACCUAGCCCCAAAGCUUGUACUAUGGGUGUAGGCGAUAAUACAACAGUUUGCAGUCGUCUUAUGAAUAUAUAUACCAUAAUGUAACAGUUGUAUUUAAAAUAAAAGGAUAACUCGUAAGCCUAAUAACUUUGAUUUUAUUUAACAUUUUUGUCAUUAAAAAUAUUGUAUGUAACGGUACAUUAAAUAGGUCUUAAUUCUUGAACCUAUCCUAUUAAAACUCGACUUUUAUGUGUAUUUUAAGAACCCUUAUUAUGUAGGUACCUGUAGAUUAAAGCACUAUUUAUACAUAAACAAUGGUACAGGAGAAUAAUAAAAGAUAAAAACGAAUUUAUCUAAUAUAUAAUUACAUCAAUUUUCAGAUUUUGUAAAGGUGUGAUUAUUGGUGAUGAUACUUACGAAAGAAAUCAACAGUACCCAAGAUGUAAAUCUUGUCGAAUAUUACGAAAUCGUUUGCAGAACCGUAAUUCCACUUCAACUCUAUUACAAAAAAUGGCAGAAGCUAAACGGCGCGCUUCAAAUCUUGUACAUAAAUGCAAGCGUCUGAAGAGGACGGUAAGUCUUAUGCCGGCUACAUACGUAACGAUAAAUCGUUGCGAUAAAACUGUGCAGUCCGACUGUGCAGAUAAAUCGAACCGUGUGUAUGACAAAUCGUUACGAUAAUCGACAAUCGGACAAUCGGACUGCACAGUUUUAUCGCAACGAUUUAUCGUUACGUAUGUAGCCGGCAUUAAAGCCGUAACAGACUACCGCACCGCGCCACGACCUUGAUGGUGCGGUUAAAAUAUCUCUUUCACGCUCCAAAUUAUAGCUACAUCC